CAGAGUUCUCUGCUUCUUUCUUGUGUUUCGCUGUCCACUCAUUUAUUUAUACAUAUUUUUGAAGUAUCUUAUUUUCAUCUCUCUCUCCUCCUCCUUCUCCACAGGCUGAACAAACCUAACAGAUGGCAAAUUAAUUACUCCACUUUCUUUUUCUUCAGUUUCUGGUGCUCUUCAAAUAAGAUCUGCUAUUCCUUCUCAAAUUCAGCUCUCUUUCAACUUGAUCUUUCAGUGUCAAAAGUCAAUGCUUUGAUCUGCUUCCUCAAAAUUCAACGUUAGCAAUUCAAAUCAUUUCUACAUACAUUCUUUAGCUACAAACUCAAAAAAAUGAUGCAAAUGAAGACGAAAACCACCGGAAUGCCGCCGAUGAUGAACGGUAGCUCUGAUGCGAGCGAGAAGGAGUGGGAGCUGAGGCCCAGUGGAAUGCUGGUCCAGAAACGCAACCCGGAUUGUGAAAACCGUCCUCCUCCACCUACUAUUCGGGUUCGGGUCAAGUAUCACUCCAUUUACCACGAGAUCAAUAUCAGUUCUCAAGCAACCUUUGGGGAACUGAAGAAGAUGUUGACGGGGCCAACGGGAUUGCACCACCAAGAUCAGAAAUUACUGUAUAAGGAUAAAGAGAGAGAUAAUAAAGCAUUUCUUGAUAUUGCUGGAGUGAAGGAUAAGUCCAAAAUUGUUCUAAUGGAAGACCCAAUUAGCCAAGAAAAACGGUACCUCGAGAUGAGAAAGAAUGCUAAAGUGGAGAAGGCUGCUAAAACAAUAUCAGAGAUCACUUUGGAAGUCGAUAGGCUGGCUAGACAGGUUUCUGCACUGGAAUCUAUAAUUUCCAAAGGUGGGAGAGUUGUAGAAAAGGAUUUGAUAAAUCUGAUAGAGUUAUUGAUGAAUCAGCUGGUUCAAUUAGAUGGCAUUAUUGCUGAAGGUGAUGUGAAAUUGCAGAGAAAAAAUCAGGUGAGAAGAGUGCAAAAGUGUGUUGAAACAUUAGAUGUGUUGAAGAUAAAAAAUUCAGUUACAACCAGCAAUGGCAAUCACAUUACAAAAGACCAAUCUUCCCCAGCUCAGCAACACCAAAGGUAUUCCAAUGAGCAGGCAUCAUCACCAGUUCAACAGGAAAAAUCGGUAAAAACCAAACAACAGCAGCCAUCAAAGCACUCGAGCUCAGGGUCUGUAGUUAUAACGACACAAUGGGAAACAUUUGAUUCCACACCAGCGCCAUUGCUGGACCAUUUCUCAUCACCUACAACCACACCAAGCACCCAUGCUGCAGCUGUCCAACCGCGACUCAGUUGGGAUUUGCUUUGAGUAAGUUGUAGCCAAAAGUGUUUGUGCUAGUUUAAAGGAUCGUUUGGUGUGAAUUUCUCCUUUCCCUUGUUGGUUUGGUACCUAUUCUCCAUUCUUUUAUGUAUCUAGAUUUUUGUGAGAUUCCCCUUUUUUCAUGUAUCUCCAACUUGAAAAAAUAAUUUGGGGGUUGCUGCAUAAUAGUUAUUACUGGAGUAUUAGGUUGUAUUUCCUCUUCCAAGUUCUUUAUUAUGCUAUCAUCAAUUUUCUACUGUAAUGUUUUUGGUGCUGAUACGUACGACAGUAAGAUCAUACUAUUAUGUAUUUCCGAUUGUAAUGUUAUUGAAGUGAUAGGUAUAGUAUAUUCCUUAA